AACCCAUGUGCCCUUCCUUCCAAGACAUCCAAAGCACAUUUCCAGUUUCCACCACCGCCCUUGCCUUCAUUCAUUCAUUCAGCUGACACUAGUCACUACUACAAUAAACCACACCACACCACACCAACAUCUUAGUAGAAAUUCAACUUAAUUCUAUUCAAUUUUCUCUAAACCCCUCCUUUGUCCCCAAUGCCUGAAAUGGAUGGCUCCUCCGCCAAACCCCCUCAAAUCUCCGAAAUGUUUCAGAAAUUCGCCCUCGCUUUCAAGACCAAAACCUUCGAAUUCUUCUCCGAGGAAGAAAACAACGCUUCCCCUCUCCUCGACGACAUCGACGGUUUCUCCCUCCUUGACUCCACCGAAGAAAUCAUCACCGACCAGAAAGUUGUCGUCAUCAAACCCGACCCCGAUCCCUCCCUAAAAUCCCCCCCAUCUCCGCCGCCGGAAUCCCCUCCUCCUCCGCCUCCGCCGCCGCCGCCACAGAUCACCCAUCCUCCUCCGCCCCCGGAAUUCCGCGAGCCCGAAACGCCGCCUCCGCCGCCGCUAACCGAAGCUCAGAUCAGAGAAACGACACACGCCCUGAUCUCCUCGGUCUUCGCCGCAGUCUCCGCUUUCGAAGCCUCCUACUUCCAGCUCCAGAGCGCGCACGUGCCGUUCGUGGAGGAGCACGUGACGAGCGCGGACAAGGUUUUAGUUUCCCACCUCCAAAGGCUCUCGGAGCUGAAGAAAUUCUACUGCAACCCCGAGCCACGAGGUUUUCCCUUCGGGUCACGUUUGGGGGCCGAAGUGGAAGAGAAUCAGAGCAAAUUGAGAACCCUAGGCACCGUCUCGAACCGCUUGCAGUGGGAACUGGAGCAGAAGCACGACGAGGUUGUAGCCCUAAGAGCCAAACUCGACGAGAUUCAUCGGGGUAACGUGAAUUUGUCUAAGAAGCUCUGUGCUCGCGCUUUGAACCCUUCUUCUGAUGUUUUGUUAACCGUUAAGGUGUUUGAUUCGUUGUUGCACGACGCAUCUAGAGCGACCCAUAGGUUCACCAAGAUUUUGAUUGGGUUGAUGAGGAAGGCGGGGUGGGAUUUAGGUUUAGCCGCCAAUGCGGUUCAUCCCAAUGUUGAUUACGCCAAGAAAGGGCACAACCAAUACGCGCUCUUGUCAUACGUUUGUUUGGGGAUCUUUCACGGUUUUGAUUCGAUGAAUUUCGGAAUGGAGGAUGGGGAGGAACUGGUGGUGUCGAAUGGGCACGGUAGUUUGGAUUUGGAGGAUAGGGAUGGUUGCUUGAAGCAACUGCUUGAGCAUGUGUCUAGCAAUCCCAUGGAAUUGCUGGGCAUUCACCCGGGCUGCGAGUUUUCGCGGUUUUGCGAGCACAAGUAUGAGAGGCUCAUCCAUCCCUCAAUGGAGUCGUCCAUUUUCGUCAAUUUGGAGGAGAAGGAGGCGGUGUUGAACUCGUGGCGCUCAUUGAGUAUGUUCUACGAGGCCUUUGUUGGAAUGGCGAGUGCUGUUUGGACACUGCAUAAGUUGUCCUACACGUUCGAUCCCACGGUUGAGAUCUUUCAAGUGGAAAGAGGUGUGGAGUUUUCUAUGAUAUACAUGGAAGAUGUGACAAAGAGGUUGACCUGGCCGAACAAGGGCAGGGCGAAGGUUGGAUUCACUGUGCUUCCUGGUUUCAGAAUUGGGAGGGUAGUUAUUCAAUCACAGGUUUACAUAAGUAAUUUCAAAUGUACAGAGUAGUAGUUUAACCAGGGAUCCUCUUGAAGUCAUUGGCACUGUGUUCAGAUAAGUAUACUAUAUGCAGGAGGUAAAUGAAUUCUGUUGAUGGUUCUGCUGGUGUUGUGGUUUGUUUCUCAGUUUAAGUGGAAUCCAUCAGAGUUUUGCCCAAACUUUUAUUUAAAGAUGUCUGGUGUUGAAUUACUGAUUGAGAAAGACAAUGCCAAUGUUGCCUGCCAUAUAUGCCUGAAGAUGUUUGAUUCUUUCUACGAUGCCUAAGGGGGAGCAGCAGCGAUGGUUUCAAGUCGUUGAUGCUCGAGUAUUUGGUGCCAAUGCCAUCUGAGGAUCGGUAGUAUUUUUGUUGGUAUUUUUGUCUUUCUGCUUUCCUCCCAGUUUUGCUUUUAUGCUUGUUUUAGAUCACUUGUGUAGAGUUAACUGUACAGAAUAUUCCUCUCAUUCUGGGUACUCUAACCACAGAUACGUCAGCAAAUUGUGCAUGUAUCACUUAUUACUUGACAAAUAACAAUGGUUUUCUCAAUACUCAAUAGCAACACAGCCAACACUUUAUCUCUCCA